AUGUGGGCUGCUCCGGCGACAGGCGCCUACGCUGGCUGCGAAGGCUCGAGCUUCGACUGCGAGGAUGCCAGUCUCCAGCCUCGAGCCAAGACCCAGACUCAGCUUCGGCCGCAACGUUUGCCGCCGAUCGACUGGCCAGUGGCCGGUGCCACGGGCGGACUUGUCACUUUCUCGGACGCCCAACUGCAGACGGAUCGACGUCAGCGCAUCUCACAGGCCCUGCAUUCGGCCGGUCUCCUCGACUCCGACUAUGCUCGCCAGUUGUUGGCUAACGUGCCGGGCUCCACAGCGAUGCGCCGUGACCUGGUCGCCUCGGCCUAUGCCGCUCAAACGCUCAGGGACCCUGUUGCUGGCGACUCUCUUCCUGCUCUCGCCCAGCCCAGCAGCCAGCAGUAG